AAUGCCAGGAUCUUUAUAAAGUAAGGUGGUUAAGAAUAUGGAAAAGGCAUAAAAAAUGAGACUAGAAAGAGAUUCUCAAAGAGCUCUCAAUAAUGAAGUUCUCUAUUUAAGACCAAUAAUGGAUUCUAGAUUAUAAAAUGAAAAAUAACCAGCAAGAACAAAGUCUUUUUCUAUGCAAUAAACUCCUUAAAAUCCACCAAUUGAGAACUGGCAAAAUGAAAUUAUUAACUUAAAACAACUCAACGAAUUUUAGAAAUUACCAAGAAUUGGAGAAAAUUUACCAAGUAUUUAAAAUAGAGUUCAUAAAUAACACAGUUUCAUAGAAGGAUUUGAUAGAGAAUAAUCAAUUUUAUAGAAAUGUUAACCUAUGAAAGUUUUUUUAUGA